AUGGCAGCUGGAGAUGACCUCGUUGCCCUCGUCGCCAAGACGAACGCCCGCGGACCAACCACUGGCUUCACGGAUGUAGAUGACGAUGCCGAACCGCUUCCCGCUGGCUUUGACACGGGCAAUGCCAAAGCCUUUAGCCCCCUGAAAGUCGGCGACCUGACACUGCAGCACCGAAUCGUCCACGCGGCUCUAGGGCGAUCUCGCGUUGCCCAUUCCACCGAAAGCCCGUUGGCUGUUAAGUAUUUCGAGCAGCGCACCACUCCAGGCGCACUCAUGAUCUCUCAAGCCACUGGUGUCUCGCUCAAAUCCAAGGCCUGGCCUUGGUCAGCGACACUCCAGACGGAAGAACACAAGCGUGCCAUCGCCGAUAUCAUCCAAGUGGUUCACAAAAAAGGCGGCUUCUGGUUUCAACAGCUCACACACGUGGGUCGCUGCACAUCUCCGGGCCUCGUCAAGCACGCCUAUAAAGAAGCUGGUCUGAACCCUCCUCCCUACGGCUACCUUCCGGUCUCUUCUUCGGCUGUUGCUGAGACAGGUUUGAAUACCCACUCCGGAGAACUAUUCGGGGUACCGCACGCGUUAACAGUUGAGGAGAUCAAGGAGAUUGUGGCUGAUUUCAAGCGCGCUGCCGCCCUUGCAGUCGAAGCUGGAGCCGAUGGAAUCGAAUUUGCUAACGGUGCUUACUGGAUUCUUUCCGGGAAUGGUUUCCUCUUGGAUCAAUUUUCGCAUGACAAUAUCAACCAACGCGAUGAUCAAUAUGGAGGAUCAGUCGAGAACAGGAGUCGCUUUCCUCUGGAAGUGGUUGAUGCUAUCGCAGAAGUAGUAGGCCAUCAGCGAUUGGGCGUCAGAGUGAGCCCCUUUUCCAAUUUCCACGAGACAGACGGUUCACAACCCCUGGAACAGUUGCUUCAUCUCAGCCGGGAGCUAGCACGACGGGGUGUAGCAUACUUGCAUGUCGGCGAAGGCCGUGUGUCUCGUAACCUCGGUAUUGCCGAGAACCUUGCACGCCUCGUGGCUAAAGGAAUUACCCCAGAAGAUAUCUCUCUUCGACCGCUCCGGCGUCUUCUGAGGGACACCGCCCCUUUGAACCCAUAUCAUACACCUACCGUCCUUGUCGGCAAUGGAGGCUAUACUGCCGCAUCUGGCAUUCUGACGGUGCAAAACGACCUAGCUGACGCAAUCUCUUAUGGCCGACGCUUCAUCUCUAACCCCGACCUCGUUCAACGUCUUCGUCUGGGACAACCGCUCAGUCCUUACGAUCGGGACACCUUUUACACACAUGGCGCUGAAGGUUAUACCUCCUACAGCAACUUCAAGGAGUACAAGGGACAUGCAUCUCAGCCUCGCCAGAGUGAUAAGACUCCCAAAGAUGAAGCGAACGCAGCCAGGGAAGAUGCCGCAAACAACAGCGAUGAGACUCCUUCCAAGCGGGUUGCUAUAAUCGGCGCUGGAAUCAGCGGUACUGUUACAGCGGCUGCUUUCCAACGCCUAGGUGGCUUUGAAAUUCAGAUCUUCGAACGUAAGAGCGUCCCGGGUGGUGUCUGGGUAUAUGAUCCCGUAUCCACGACAGUUCCCCAGUUUCCCGCUGCAGAACCUUCAGACAUCAACCCACCUCUGCCGCGUCCCGAUGGCCCUUUCCCGCUGGAGCUUCCCCGUUCAACGCGUCAGCGCUUCCUCUCGUCUCCCAUCUAUGAGUCCCUUGAAGCAAAUAUUCCCUACAAGGUAACGGGAGGUGCCACGGAUUUCAACCUCCCCCCCCAGCAAACAACGAGCAUUACCUGA